UGCAUCUGUCAGGGGUUGAAUAGCUCAAUAAAUCUUGGCGCAACUGGAUCAGUGGUUGUAAUGCAUAUUUUAUAAUUUAUACAAAAAAGGUAGAUUUUUUUUUUUGUUACAAAAGCACCAUAAUCUUCAAAUUUAGAAUUGCAUUUGAAAAACAAAGGAACGAAAAUACAGACAUUUAAAUUAACUUGAAAUUUCCUGCUGACCCAUGGUCAGGCGUGAAAAUAUGAUAUCUAAUAGUAGAAGACAGGUCACGCUGGGAAAAAAAAAAAAAAGACUUCCAUCUUAUCAUUUGUGUCCUCCUCUUGAGCGUCUUGGCUGUAUUGUUCCUGUGUGAAGCUCAUAGCUGUGGUGGGCGUGCACAGAGCACGGCUACCGUUUUUUUGACCAAUCAAAGGCCGAGGUGCGGCUCAAGAGGGCGCGGUCUGGAAGCAAGGGGCGGGACUAUAAGCGGAAGUGUGUGCUGGGCUGAUCCCUCACUGUCAUUCGGCCACGGUCGGCUUCAGGAGAAGGGGGGCAAGCCAAAGCUCACUCACUCACUCACACAAGGACUCAGGCUGGAUAAAAAUACUGAAGCCAAGCUUAAAAUGAAACCGACCGAAUAAGGCUUGCGAGGCAUUCCGCAUCCGAGCGCUUUUGACGCGUCGCCAAGCUUUUAGCAAAGUCACUUCGUUCGGGUGACACGGUCCACAUUCGAGGCAAAGCGGUGUCAUUGAGCAGGCAGGACACGUCAAGAGAAGGGAGGAGGAGAAAAAAAAACUGACCGACUGCACUGUACGACUCACAGCUAUUAAAUCGCCUCCGCCGCCCUUAAGACAUCCUUUCAAGGACACCAGCCUGCUGUCAAGCCGACGGGAGGUUCCCGACAAAGACGUUGCCGAGGUCGGAGGGGGUGAUCAAAAAGGACCAAACGAUCACGGGAUACUAUUUGUGUGUGUGGGGGGAGCAAACAAAUGGGGGAUUACGGGUUCGGAGUCCUAGUUCAAAACAACACUGGCAACAAGUCUGCAUUCCCGGUCCGAAUCCACCCGCAUCUGCAACCCCCGCACCACCACCAAAAUGUGUCGCAGAGCCCUGCUGCGUUCAUAAACAGCACCACCGCCGCAGGGAAUGGCACCACGGCGGGCUCUCCCUGGCUUUUCCCUGCCUCGGCCACCCACAGCAGCGUUCAAGAUGAAAUCCUGGGCGGGCCCGAGAAACCCAAAGUGCAGCAGCAACAAGAAAUGCAAGAAACGCAAGAAAAGCAGCUGUCCCCUGGGAAUCACCAGGAGGGUAGCGGCGGCGGCGGGAUCAUUUCAGAACUGGAAAAAGCCCGGUCGGAGGAUGGUAAAGUGGACAACGGCUCGCCUGAAGGCAGUACUGGGAAAGAGAAGCAGAUCCGCCUCGAGUCCCCAGUUCUGACAGGCUUUGAUUACCAGGAGACAUCCGCUCUGGGAGGCCAUGUCCAGUCCAGCACCACCUCUUCAUCUCUUACUGGCUUCAACAACUGGUCGGCGGCCAUCCCGCCGGCGCCGUCGACCAUAAUCAACGAGGACGUCAGCUUCUUCAACCCGGCCUCUGCCAACAACGGCACGCUGCUGUUCCAGAACUUCUCCCAUCACGUCAGCCCGGGCUUCGGCGGCAAUUUCUCCCCUCAGAUAGGACCCGCCACUGCACUUUCGCAGCACCACCCGGCUCCCCCGCCGCACCCCCACUUCCAGCAUCCCCACAACCAACACCAGCAGCACCGGCGCUCGCCUGCCUCCCCGCACCCUCCUCCGCCCUUUCCGCACAGGAAUCCGCCCUUUAACCAGUUGCCGCAUUUGUCCAACAGCCUGAGCAAGCCCCCGUCCCCGUGGGGCCCAGCCAGCUACCAGAGCCCUUCUCCCUCCCCGGGAUCCUCAACCUCCUGGAGUCCAGGAGGUGGCUACGGAAGUGGCGGCGGUGGCUGGGGAGGAUCUCAGGGCCGAGACUAUCGCCGAGGUCUCAAUGGCGGCAUGACCCCCAUCAACUCCAUCUCCCCACUGAAGAAGACCUUCCUUAAUAACCACGUGGCGUCCCAGAAGUACCCCCGUAACAGCCCUGCCGGCUUCAACCCAAAGUCCUGGAUGGAUGACGGCGUCGGCCGCAGUGAUAACAUCUUCCCUUUCCAGGAACGCACCAGGUCAUUCGACAGCUUCAACAUGAACACUCUGGAGAGCUCCUUGAUCGACAUCAUGCGGGCGGAGCAGGACAACCUAAAAGGCCAUUCCUCCCUCUUUCCCAUGGAGGAUGGCUUCCCAGAUGACGAGCGUGGCGAUCAGGGUCUGGCAGGCCUGGGUUCUCCACACUGCUUUCCUCACCAGAAUGGCGAACGCGUAGAGCGCUACUCACGCAAGGUCUUUGUGGGAGGAUUGCCCCCAGAUAUAGAUGAAGAUGAGAUAACUGCCAGUUUCCGGCGUUUUGGACACCUGUUUGUCGACUGGCCUCACAAAGCCGAAAGUAAAUCUUAUUUCCCUCCAAAAGGCUACGCCUUCCUGCUCUUCCAGGACGAGAGCUCCGUGCAGGCUCUGAUCGACGCCUGCAUCGAGGAGGACGGCAAGCUGUACCUGUGCGUGUCCAGCCCCACCAUCAAAGACAAGCCGGUCCAGAUCCGCCCGUGGAACUUGAACGACAGUGAUUUUGUGAUGGAUGGAUCUCAGCCUUUGGACCCCAGGAAAACAAUUUUUGUUGGAGGUGUCCCUCGCCCACUACGUGCAGUGGAGCUGGCCAUGAUCAUGGACCGUCUUUAUGGCGGCGUCUGCUACGCCGGCAUCGACACGGAUCCCGAACUGAAGUACCCGAAAGGAGCUGGGCGGGUCGCCUUCUCUAAUCAGCAGAGCUACAUUGCUGCUAUCAGUGCUCGCUUUGUGCAGCUGCAGCAUGGAGAAAUCGAUAAACGGGUGGAAGUGAAGCCAUACGUGCUGGAUGACCAGCUGUGCGACGAGUGCCAGGGGACUCGCUGCGGCGGCAAGUUUGCUCCGUUCUUCUGCGCCAACGUCACCUGCCUGCAGUACUAUUGCGAGUACUGCUGGGCGGCCAUCCACUCGCGCGCCGGCCGCGAGUUCCACAAGCCGCUGGUGAAGGAGGGCGGCGACCGGCCGCGUCACAUUUCGUUCCGUUGGAACUGAGCGGCGGCCGGCGAUCAGGUGGGCGGGUGGUAUAAGUCCGGCGGCACACUGGGGGAGCAGGAUGGCAAGGUAGUGCAGGAGUUGCAAAAUCAUUUAACGAAUAAUUGCACUUUUCUGUUGCUGGUUCCUUUUCGCUCAACCUUUUUUUCUUUUUUCUUUUUUUAGUUAAUAUUUAUAUUUUCACGAGAGAAAACAGAAUUUGUAUCUAAAUAUGUGCAGCAAGGAAAAACAAGUGUAACAUGUUUUGGUUUAUUUUUUUAAAUGAUUGUUACCCCCCCAAAAAAAAACCCCUAUAUAUAGGAAAUUUAGUGUGCUAUGGUACUCUGCUAUUCAAUUGGCAUGCUUUUUUUUCAUUUAUUUUGGAUUUUGUUUUAAUAUGAGGGCCCCCAAAUGAAUACUCUUUGAUUUGACAUUUUGUAGCAGAGCUCGUUUUAGUUUUCUCCAAGACACCAAUGCGGAGCUCCAGAGUAAAUGUGAAUUGAAAAAAAAAAAUGGUGUUGCUGAAGAAGAGUGCACUUAUUUCACGUUUUAGAAUAUACCAGUAUACCCUUAGUUUAUAACCAAAGCUGUUUUAUUAGCUAGCGGCACAGGAUAAAGAAGCCCUGAAAGCCAAACACACUCUCUUUCUCUCUCUCAGAAAAAAAAAAAGAUCUCGACGCAUAAUAAUUUCGAUCUCCAUCUUGACAUGCAAAAACUAAUACCUCAAACUCAGCUGCUAAUGUGCCGGAUGCAGUGAAAAAAGAAAAAAGAGCAAGUCACAAACGCCUGCCCGUGUUCUCAUGUUUUUCUGGGCGGAGCUACGAUGUUACUCGCACACUUUUUGUACUCGCUAGCUUCGUCACCUUUUUAUUUUUAUAACGGAAAACCUACGUGGUUGUGCGCAGUGUGCAUUACGGGAAUGUAUGGCAAUGGGAGGCUACGGCCCUCCCUUCCCUCCUCCUCCUCCUCGCUUUUAGAUCCCGAACCCGACCGCAUUGGUCACAACUGAAAGAAACAACAAAAAAAAAAGGCAAAAAACUGCUCUGUUCUACACCUAAGCGUCAAACAAGCAGUUCAAAUCCUAAAUCCUAUUCAGCAUCUGUUGUUUGAAACAUAACUGAAGAUAGUCUACUACAGUACACACACUUGAGGAGGCCCGCCCUUAAGUCCAGCAGGUUGGGGAACCAAAGAUGGCUGUGCAUUAGUAGGUUGUAUUGUAGCUCAUUUCCUCUUUCGAUUUUUUUUUUUCUUUUUUUUUUUUUUCCCCCCCAAAUCUGUCACUUGUGUCCACCGUCAAGCGCCCCCCCCCCCCCACCCGAAGGAUUCCCGAGAACCAAAGAUUGGCCUUAACAAAAACAAAAGUUAGCAGGGCAGUAAACCCCCAUGGGUUGGAAAUGGCGACCUUAAAUAGACUCCCACCUCUCCACGCCCCCACCCCCAACCCCACCCCAAAAAAAACAAACAAAAGUGCACAUUCACACAGUGGAAGUCAAAAAGACAAAAUCCUCCCAAUUUAGUCGUGGAGGAGUGCAGAGAAAACUUGAUUUUGCUCACGAGCGAGGAUCCUCAUAUGGCUUUUUGCACCUGGGAUAUUUUCAAACACUUUGUGAAGAAUUUGCUGUUCAAAAUGAGACGACGAGAAAAUUAUUUUAUACACGGCCUGCUGAUUUUUUGGAACGGUGUUUUCUAGCUAAAUUAUUUUGUCAUGCACAUAUAAGCAUUUAUUAUGCACUACUUUUCUAAAUAUUUGUUUUCUUUUCAUUUCCGACAGUCAUUUUAGGCACAUUUUUCACAAAUAUGGGGAACCUCCUUUUUGCAAUACCUCAAUUUUUUCACAUUGUGAAAGGUAGCUUUUGUACUUUUGUUACUGAGAGAUCUGCAUAUAUGGAAAUGUUGAUUUUAAAGAAGUAGAGAAAAAAAAACAGAAGAGCAGAGCGAUUUCAAGAUAUAUAUUAUUUUCAAUUCUGCUUUUUAUACAUUUCAGUGCUGAGGACUCUUUCCAACUCUUAAGUGCGACGUCACAUCUGCCGAGGACGAGACCAAAGUGUAUCCGCUCUCUUGGUCUUAGCUUUUCCUACACUUGAUGUUUCCGCUCGGUGAUGACUCAUUCUAAUAGAAUAGCAUGGCGAGAAAUCAUUGAGGGGGGAAAAAAAUGGAGAAAAAAAAAAAAAAGUUGUGAUCGUAAAACUCGAUGUUAAAGACGACCUUUCCUCUCCGCACUCAACCCUAUUUCCUCAGAUAGUGGCCGCUCCUCUGCUGAUCCCUUUGAACUCAGUUGCUCACCAAAACAGCAGCACCUACUGAGCCAUGCAACCAGUUUGGCAGAUGACUAAAAAAAGUGUGGAAACACUCUUAAAUCAGUAAAGUAAGGCCUCCUCCAUAAUAGAUGCCUUCCUCAAUCCAAAGUAAAUAGAACCUAAACUCCAAAGUGCAGUGGAGAAAAUGGCCAAAGCCUAUGAGUUGCUUCUUCGUAAAAUGAAGGCCUCCCCAUUUGUAGACAUUUCAUGGCCACUAUAUGAGGGAAUACGCUAUCGGGGGGAGAAUGCAAAAAAAACAUUCACUUUGGACGCUUAAUGCUGAUUCUCGUAUUACAAGAAUGGAUGUUUGGUGUUUAGAUAUUUUGAUAUUUGAAGAAAUAAACUAUAUAUGUAUGUGUGCGUGUAUACAUAUAUAUACACAUACACAUGCAUACAUAAAUAUAGUAUUUAUAUUCUUGAACUUGCCAACUAGCACCUAUCGUAAUCCUUAGCAUGCAUGACGACAAAAAAAAGACGAAAAGAAGCGCAGAAAUGAGGUGAAUUAGCUCUGAAAUUUAACUGUUGUGGUGUGCACCAAAUGUUUCUAGAUUAUGACGUUGUUAAGGAGAACCCCGACCUCAACCCCUCUAUCACAAGCCCUUCUGUCCUUUCCACCCUCCGCCCGCCCGCCCCUCACAUAUUGGCAGACCUCAGCGGGAUGCGUGUUAACACAAAAACGAGUAAGGCGAGCGUGAACUUUUUCAACUCGAGCAUCCUUCUAGAACACUGUUGGAGGGGGAAAAAAAUAAAAUAAAAGUGCGGAUGAGAAAAAGACUUGACCUACGCAAAGGAAGGGGAACUUAAAGACUUGAAUGUGGUUAGAAAAAAUAAAACAAUUUAAAAAAUGUUGCAAGUUAACUUUCAAGUUGUUAUGUGCAAUACUUCUUUUGAACCUUUUUCCAGACAAAAGACUCUUUGCAAUGUAAUUCUUUCAAAUGCCAUUUUUAAUUAUUGAAGACAUUUAAUUAAAGAAGAUGUUAAUAUGUUUUUUCACAGUCAUUUUCUACUGUUUAAUGUAAUCCUUUUCAUGCUGGUGUUUGUAAAAAAAAAAGAAAAGAAAUUAAAUCCAACUAUUUGUACUAAUAUAAAUAAUUGAAGUUAUUUUUAAAACAUUAAAAAGGGGUUUUGUGCUCAUUUGCUUUUUUUUUUUGUUUUGUUUAAGCUACUGUGAUUGAUUGCAUUGUAAUUACUAGGUCAACAAUGUAUUUAGCUGUUUAUUGGUAUAUUUUUAAUUGGAAUGUAUAAUUGAUUUUUCUAAUUUUGAUCAGAUUUUUGUUAUAUUUUUGAGGUGAAGCUUUUAAUAUGUUAAAGUGUCUAGUUUUUACUAAUUGCUAUAUUGUGCUCCACAAUAUAUGGUUCACAUUUUCUGAAGGAAAAUAAAUAUUUAAAUAUAUGUCUGUUAAUGUUACUUAAUGGCAAGAUUUCAAUAGUUUUCAACUGUGUAUGGGAAGGUUUGUUGUAUUUAUUAAUAGCAUUUUUUUUUACUUCAGAUAUCACCUUAAUUUUUAUUGUCAUUUCACUUUAUAAGUUCCUAUUUUUGUAUUUUCCUUUCUAAUGAUUAAGUUAUGUAAUACGGAUAUGUCCAUAUUUCUAGGAGUUGGUCUGUAGAAGUGCUAGUGAAACGAAAAAGAAAAAUCUGUUAUUUAAUUGUUUGCGGCCAACUAUUUAUAUAACAGUAUGCAUAAUUUUUCAAUAUUUGUAAUGUGAAAUGUUGAAUGAAAUAAAUCUUAACUGUGAUGAA